UCACUUCCUCUUCUUCUUCUUUAAACCAUGCCUUCCCUCUUCCACCACCACUCUCUCUCCCAUUCAACAUCUUCCCUUCUCUCCCUCUCCAUGGACUUCGAUCUCGAAAACCCAUUCACCCAUCUCCACCACCCUCACUCCUCCGACGCCGCCACUCUCUUCCUCAUCGAGUCCGAUCACAUGCUCUCUCCAACCUACCUCCACACCCUUCAUUCUUCUCCUACUGAUUCCUCUGUUCGACGGGACACCAUUUCUUUAAUCUCUCAGUGCUGUUGUAGCUGUAACAUCGAUCCACACUUGUCGUACCUUGCCGUCAAUUACCUCGAUCGCUUCUUCUCCUUUCAGGGAGUGCCGCAACCAAAGCCAUGGGUCUUGAGGCUUCUUGCCGUCUCUUGUGUUUCUCUCGCUGCCAAAAUGAAGCAAACAGAGCACAAUCUCUUCGAUUUUCAGGGGAAUGAAGGCUUCAUUUUUGAUCCCCAAACAGUACACAGGAUGGAAUCUCUCAUCUUGGGAGCUCUUAAAUGGAGAAUGCGCUCCAUCACUCCCUUCUCCUUCGUCCCUUUCUUCAUUUCCCUCUUCAAACUCAGAGACCCACCAUUGUUGCAAGCUCUCAAGGCCAGAGCUACAGAGAUCAUCUUCAUAGCUCAAAAUGGGAUUGAGCUUUUGGAGUUCAAGCCAUCAGUAAUUGCAGCCUCUGCUCUGCUCUCCGCCGCACACGAGCUCUUCCCAAUCCAAUAUCCAUGCUUCAGAAAAGCAAUUCUCAACUGUUCAUACGUUAAUAAAGAGGAGGAAGAGGAAAUGUUGGGGAGAUGCUUCAAGGCAGUGCAGGAGAUAGUAAUAAAUGGGUACGAAAGAGGAGGAUUGGAUAUAGAACAGAGGUCGGACACGGCGGCCAAUGUGCUGGACCACCAUUUCUCGAGCUCUGAAAGUGAAAACACGUUCAUGGGCACAUCCUCCUCCGCCUCCGCCGUGACGAACAGAGCAGAUAAGGAUGGGAAGAAGAGAAAGGUGGGUGUUAGGCAGAGCAAGAAUGAGAGGUGUAUACAGCACUGUUGAUGAGACGACGAUGAGGAUGGCAAUGGCAGAAUAGUUUUGGUUUGUUUGGUUUGGUAUUGUAUGUAAUGUAAUGUAAUGGGUAGAACAAUGGGGAAAAGAAGGAAUUUGUGUUCCUUUUUUGUUGGGUUUCUUGGGACCAAAGAAAGACAAAACAUAGCUUUGAAGUAGUGAGGCCGUUGUGGUGGUGGUCGGGCGUUGGAUUUGUGUUUUGGGUUUUAGAGUGGUUUCUGUCGCUUAGUUUUCUGGCACAGAUUAACUCUAUACUUUAUAUACCUAAUUCAAUAAUUUCUUGUGCUUUCUCAUA